AUGCGGCAGCACGAGCGAUCUGCGCCCGGUCCCGGCUCUCCCGGGCUUGGGCGGCCGGGACAGGCGCACCCGAGACAAGCCGGGCACGCCGUGGACGAGGAUCCGAGGCGCUACGACCUCUCGGCGGAGGAGGACGAACUCUCGGACGAUGAAAGCUCUUCCAUCCCCCAGCCAAAACGGCGAGGAGAGGGAUCCGCCCGCAAGGCGUCUGCCGCAACGCCAAAGGAGCGGGCUGGGCCGUCGGCCACCGGCAAGGGAAAGGCGAUCAGCGCCGAACAGUCGCCCCAUCUUUCACCCCAAGAGGGCGGAACGCCGUCGUUCAGGUUCCACCCCAGCUCAUCGCCGGUCCGAGGGCUUUCGGCGGCUCGCGCCGACAGGCUCAGUGGCCCAUCGAGGGGCUCGAUGCAGAUCCAUAUUUCGGAUGAUCGCUCGCAAAGCACCGCGCCACUCGACACGGACCGUCACUCGCCGCUUGCUCCUUCUUCCAGCCACGCGCAGGCAUCGCCGACCUCUGCACCCGUCUCGGCAAGACCGGGAUUCAAUCGAGAGAGCCCUCGCGGCCCCCCCUCGGGCACGAGGGGUACGAUGGCCUCCGAGGAAGCACAGAGGCCCAGCGCAGCCCACGAGCCUGGUGCAGCCCACGAGCGUGGUGCACGCGCGGCCGACAUGCCCAGUCCUCCGCCGUCAUGCGCCCCUCACCACCAGAUGGGGCCGCCGUUGCCUCGUCACUCAGAGAUGGCGUCGCGCGAUCGAGCCGACAACGGCCUACCAAAUCGUCCUACCUGCGCAGGCGACAGGCUCGCGCCUCUCCAGGCUCGCGAUGAUCUUACCCCGGAAGAAGUCGACAUCUUCUUGGACCUCAUCAUCAAGCAUCAGCCGGCGACGCUGUCGCCCGAGAACAUGACCAGAAGCGUCAAUGCUCUCUACGAUGACUGGCUGGCCAUGUGUGCGACUAACAGCAUCGUGGCCAAGCCGAAAAAGGCGCUGAUGGAUGAGUACGACAAGAUCUACAAGGGCCGCUACGGUCCUGCUGCCGCCUCGCGCGCACGAUGGAUCGCAGAAGAGAGCGCCCGCACGUCGACGCGUCCUUCGCGCCCAUCGGUCGACUCUGUCGAAGGACGGCAGCGCUCAGAGAGCCCUGCCACCGCCAGCAACAUGGUCGAUCGCGGUUCGCGACAGCCCCGCUCACCGCAGCGGUCCGAUGCAGGGUCAAACAUCGGUCAACCUUCAUCGUCGGCGGAUGCGGUGGCGGGCAGCGGGUCGCGCGAAAGCGAUACCGAGGCGCGAAAGCGUAAAAACGGCGAGGAUGGCCCGCAGGAGGGUCCGGACCGCUCGCAGCGUCGGAAACUCAACGGUCAAGCAGGAGGUCCCGGCGAAACCUCCAGCAGCGCGACGAGCGGGAUUGCCAAGGUUGGGCGGAACGGUCUGGCGGUCCUGCCACCGGGCUUGUUCGAUAUCCUUCGCAAUACGCUCAAGGACGACAUCCUUGGCAACAUUGUGCCGGUCAUCCGCUCCGACCUGGCAGAGCAGUCGAGGGACAUUGUCAUGCAGAACCAGGAGAUCAUGACGCGGCUGCGCGGCCUCGAGGAGCUGACGAGGGCCCAGGACGUCUGCAUCCGACGGUUGCUGGCGCGCGAUCAGGCGGAGUGGGCGGUGCAGGCCGAGGCGCCGUCGCCGUGGCAGGCCAAGAAGGGUCUGCGCGGCAUGGAUGGUGAGAUGGUCGCCGACGGUGGCUACCGAUCCUACGAGCCGGGCCCUCCGGGUCCGUCUCCGUCGCAGCGGAUCCCCUCGGGAAGCACCGUGUGGCCGUCGAGCGGCUCGCCGACGCUGGCGUCCAGGAGGCGCAGCGACUACCACAUGGACGACCCGCGUCUUGCUGGCGGCAUGCCUCCCCACUACCGCCCGCAUGGCAGCUACGACUCGAGGCCUGGUCGGCUGGAUGACCCGAUCGCGGCCAACGGACGAAUCAGCCCGUCCUCGCGCAGCGCCGUGCAUCCCUUUGCCGGCGAUCGGAUCGAGGGCGAGGACCGCGACUCGAUGCGCGCGGUUCCCGGCCCGGGCUCCUACCGCGACUAUCCGCCGCCUCCGCACGCGCACGCGCACCGUGAGCGGCACCGGCAUUCGCUGUCGGUCGACGACUGGAGGUCGCCUGCUGGCCUCGCCAUUGUCGGUGCAGAGCAGGCGGGCCACCCUGGCGCGCAAAAGUAUUCCUACGGCUCGCCGCACGCAGUCGAAGGCCCGGCCGGUGCCCCGCCGUACCGCAACGGCCCCGCCUCGAGCUUCCCGCGCGGUCAGCGGGGCAUGCGCCCGUCUCCUCCGCCUCUCUCUGCACCGCCGCCGCCUCAGCCUGCAUCCUCGACAGCCGCCGCGAUGGCCGGCGGAGGCGCAGUCUACGAUGGUCGAGCGACGCGACCUCUGGAGCACCACCCAUUCGGCCGCAACGAGCUGCACCGAGAGGCUGCCUCGUUCGGCAUCGACUCGCGACCGAUGGCGGCUAGGCCGCCGUCUGGAUUUGGCGCUGGUUCGCCCCGUCACCGCUAA